UUCUCUCUCUCUCACACACACACGCACUCUAUCACUCUGACACACACGCGUUCCUUGUCAUGGCAGAGACGCUCGCCUCAAAACAGCUUUAAUUUGAAUUGCAGCAUACCAUCAGCUUUCUCUCUCUAGUCUUCCUUUUCUUCCACAACCAAAGUACGCGAUUGACUUCUUCUACACUCCUUUUUUUUUCGAAUUUCGGUGGAUUUUCUCGGAUGUUUCACUCGGUUGACUGAGUCGGAUCAUCAUCGGGUACUCCCAAGUGAAAGGAUCGGAUCCUCUUCGUGGUUAUUAUCGAUGAGGGUUUGAUUUCGAUACAGUUACCAGUUCGAGGUCAUUUCUGCGGACGCGUGUUAUUUACAAUACAAGCUACCAAUGUCUAGUGGAACCUCUUAUAUUGAUGACUUAAGAAACAAACCUGACAUUGACACACCUCAAAAUGAAGACAUGUUGGAUGUUGUUGAAAACGCAACAGAGACUUCUGAGAAUUCCUUAAAAUCCAAUGUGACUGUCUCGACUGAUGUCCGUGAGCUGCUGGAGUGUCCAGUUUGCCUGAAUGCUAUGUACCCUCCCAUUCAUCAGUGUUCCAACGGACACACCUUGUGUUCUGGUUGCAAACCUAGGGUGCACAACCGCUGCCCAACCUGCAGGCACGAACUUGGAAACAUUCGAUGCUUGGCGUUGGAAAAGGUUGCAGCAUCCCUCGAGCUCCCUUGCAAGUAUCACGAAUUCGGGUGCAUGGGCAUUUAUCCUUACUACAGUAAACUCAAGCACGAGUCUCUAUGUACCUUCAGACCAUACAAUUGCCCAUACGCCGGAUCCGAAUGCCCGGUUAUCGGCGAUAUCCCGUUCCUCGUCGCACACUUGAAAGACGAUCACAAAGUGGAUAUGCACAGCGGCAGUACUUUCAACCACCGCUAUGUCAAAUCCAAUCCACAUGAAGUUGAAAACGCAACGUGGAUGCUCACAAUUUUCAGCUGCUUCGGACAGUACUUCUGUCUACAUUUCGAAGCGUUCCAGCUCGGGAUGGCACCGGUUUACAUUGCAUUCCUGCGAUUCAUGGGCGAUGAUGAUGAUGCAAAAAAUUACAGCUACAGCCUGGAGGUUGGGGGCAAAGGGAGGAAGAUGACGUGGCAGGGAAUUCCUAGAAGCAUUCGGGAUAGCCACAGAAAGGUUCGGGACAGUUUUGACGGGCUUGUGAUCCAACGAAAUAUGGCUCUCUUCUUCUCGGGGGGUGACAGGAAAGAGCUGAAGUUGCGAGUGACGGGGAGGAUCUGGAAAGAACAGUAAGUUGGAUUAAAAUGAAUGUUGGUGUCAUGUAUGUAUUUUGUUUUAGAAGCAAAGACACUUUGCUGAUGAACUGAAUGAAUGAAAAUACAUGACGACAUAAAUGAAUGAGGAUAGAUUAGAAUAGGAUAUAUGGAGUGUUUAUUAGUAUAGUAUAUUAUGUAUGUAUGAUUCUUGUAACUUCUGUCUUGGUAACUCUCUAAGAUUUAAGUACUACAUUUAUUUGGUAA